AAGAAGAAGAAGAAGAAGAAGAAGUAGAAGAAGAAGAAGAACCGCGUGUGCGGGUUUGUUGUGGUUGCAGCCAGCAUGUCGUCUCCUCUGGAGGUUGUAGUGACCAGUGACUCCGGCUCUCAGCUGUGGAACAGCACCGUGUUCGACCUGUACAGCGGCUCCAGCCUGCUCUCGUACCGGGGAGGGAACAGCUCGGCCCGGACGCUGUCGCUGCUCCGCGGCGAGUUCCUGCUCUCUGGCCAGUUCGGAAAGAACUUCAUCAACGUCUGGGAGAUCCAGAGGAAGGAUCAGUUGCAGCAGAAGAUUGUGUGUCCAGGUGUGGUCACGUGUGUGACAGCUUCCCCUGACGGACUCUUCCUCGCUGCUGGAAUCGCGGAGGCCAUCUACCUGUGGGAGGUGUGCACAGGUAAACUGCUGUCUGUCCUCAGUCGUCACUAUCAGGAUGUCACCUGUCUGAAGUUCACUGACGACGGCAGCCAUUUUAUUUCUGGAGGAAAAGACAACCUGGCUCUGGUGUGGAGUCUGUGCAGUGUGAUACAGCUGGAUUUAAAUCACACCCCAGAUCCUCGUCAUGUCCUGUCUCGUCACUCUCUACCAAUCACAGACCUGCACUGCGGCCUGAUGGGCGCCCAGGCCAGAGUCGCCACUGCCUCCUUAGACCAGACUGUCAAGAUGUGGGAGCUGUCCUCAGGGGAGCUGCUCCUGUCCAUUCUGUUUGAUGUGGAGAUCAUGUCUGUGACCUUUGACCCCUGCGAGUACUUCCUGUUCUGUGGAGGAACUGAUGGAAACAUUUUCCAGGUGUCUCUGUGCAGCCAGAGUCUCAGUCGGGACAAAUCGUUUCAGUCCGACAACGAUGGAAACCAGGUCUUCAAAGGUCACAGGAACUUGGUGACAUGUCUCUCUGUGUCGAUGGACGGGACGCUCCUCGCCUCUGGGUCACAUGAUGAGACCGUCAGACUCUGGGAUGUUCAGAGUAAACAGAGCAUCCGCUGCCUUGCCCACAAAGGUCCAGUGACCAAUGUCCUCAUCACGGCGGCUCCAGCUAACAUGUUCCUACCUGACAGUCGACCCGCUGUUCCUCUGCCGCGCUUCAGCCGACACCUGCACACCUCCGAGGGCGACGGCGCGGAAUCAGGAGAAGUUUGUGUGCGACUCGCUCCCUGCAUACAGGAAGAGGAGGAGACAUUCCUGCAGAAAGCUGAUAGGCUGAGCACACUGAUGAACGCUGUGACUGACAAGUCGGUGUUCGGUGAUGGAGAAAACACAAAGGUUCGUGUCGCAGAGUUGGAAGAAGAAGUUCAGACUCUGAAGAAAAUCAACAAAGAUCUUUAUGACUUCUCGAGUCAACUGAUCACGAAACCCACAUAAACACAAAUGUGGAUGUCUGUUUAAAAAUAAAAACCUUUUUUUAACGUC